AUGUCUAAUACUUCUGCAACAACUAACCUGAGACUUAAUGACAAAGAGAAACCAUCCAAUCCGUCCAAAACACUCACAUCUACCACGACAGAAAUGUCCAACCCAUUUGAGACUCUUGAAUCCCUUCGCAAGUAUGAAAAAAAUCCAGGGCAAUCACAAAAGUUUCUGGGUAAGGCCGAACUUUUCCCUGAACAACAUACCAACAAUACAUAUGGCAGUGCUUUUACACUGUUUCUAACUAAUUUCUUUGUAGAUCGUGUGGGCACAUUCGAUGAACAUAAAGACAGCUGGGUGUUGGUGUAUAAACAGGAAGUGAAAAAAUACGGGACAUCAGAAUAUACAAGUAAAGAGCUAGAAGACCUCGAAGAUGAAAUGCCUGGUGCAAUAUAUUUACCAGUUGAUAAAUCGCGUCGUGACGGACUUGUGAAAUCUCAGCCAGCAAGGACAGUGUGUGCUCUACGUACUAGGAAUGAACAUAUGGUUAGAAUUCAAGUUAGAAGAUUAGGAACAACAAAUUCUGUUAUGCUUGGUUACAAUUUUCGUGAUCCUGCAGAAAACAAUAAGUUGUAUAAAUCUGUUCUCGAUUCAGGUGCACCAGAAACUAUCCUUCCUUAUCAUGUCCGUAGGAUAUUUGGAAGAAGAGGAUGGAAAACUGUCUUAGGUGUUACUAUCGGAUAUGGAGCACCCGCUCGCCUGGUUCAUGCAUCAACAACAUUUGAAGUUGCAAUUGGGGAUGAUAAUAGUUGGACUAAGUGGGUGAGUAUAGACACACUCCGCGUCUGGGAAAAUGAUCCUGGUAACCAAGUAGACAGCGCUCUUGUUGGUAACGAUGUCCUAGACCAGCUUGCCUUCGUGCAUGAGGUAGUGCAAGGAUAUAAAUUUUUAAAAGUUUCAAAUGAAGUUGCUUUAACCAAUUUCAUAGCCAAUCUUUCCUAA